GUUUUAUAGAUUGUUUUCUGUUUAUAGAUUUGUUUUUUGGGUGAGAUUUGAUAUUGGGAAGGGGUGUUUUGAAUUUUGAUUUUCUAACAUGUUAGGCUUUUAGCUAUGUUUUCCACCUAAUCAGAAUAAUUAUUAAGCUAAAAAAUAAAUUGAGAUGAGAUCAUUACAAAAUCUGGUAAUGUAAGUUGAAAAAAAAAAAAAUCUGGUAAUGUAAUGACAAAGUUGUUGAACUUAAAUCGUACUUUUAUAAGUAGUAAAAAAGGUUUAAAAAAAAACUAUAAAUGUGACGAAUCCCAAAAAUCAUUGUGAGGGUUGGAGAACGAGAAAGUCAAUACGUGAACGGAACGUUUACAAAUUAUAGAGAAUAUUACACUAUAGAAGAAGAUGAUGACGAUGAGAUCGGUUUUUGUAGUCCUUAAUCAGCCUCCGGUACAACCAGUUGAAGACGAAAAUGAAGAAGGAGAUGAGGACAGAGACAACGACGGCGAAGGUGACGAAGACGGCGAUUAAGACAUAUAUGACGACAACUAUAAUGAGGAUAAAAUAUGAUUUUGAGAUAAUCAGUUUGUUUGGAAGCCUAAGCUUCAACUUUGGAAUCUUCAUCUCAUCUGUCACAGUGGAUUUAAUUGUCAUUCCGGUGAUGGGUAACUUGGAUUAACUCGGUUUGUGCUUGUGGCUGCUUCCUAAUGAUAUUAACGAGCCGGCUAAGACCAAUUUUGAGUUCAUGUUUACAUAUGUACAUGUGUACACGUUUUGAUGUACAUAAUGAAACAUACAACUGCCUACUAGUGAGGUGUACAUGUGCACACAUGUACAUAUGGACAAUGUCUAAACUAAUGUACAUGUGUAUAUAUGCGAACAAUGUACAUUCAUCAAGUAUUUGAGUCCAAAACAUAUAACAUAAUAGAUCAAGUCCAACAGAAAAUGGUGUAUAUGUUAGUAAGUGUACACAUGGUUUUGGGCUAAUGCACAUUGGUAAAUUUUCUUGUAGAAAGCAUUGUUAUUUGUGGACACUUUGUUGUGUACAUAAUAUUACGUGUACGCAUGUACAUCAAAGAUAAAUCCAAAAAAUAUUUGUGCACACUUUCUUGUGUACAUAAUGUUACGCGUACACAUGUACAUCAAAGAUAAAUCCAAAAUAUAUGCAAAAAUGCAGAAGGUCGCAAUGGAUGCUCUCGAUCUACUCCUGAUGGAGCCGCAAUGGCGAGUGGCGAGGUCACGACGCCGUGAAAUUUGUGUCUUAGUUUGACGAGAAAAUAUUUUGAGAUUCAUGGCAUAGCUCGGUUGAAUCGGUAGAAAUGCGACAGAGAAGAUGAUAUAGAACUAUAAUACCUUUUAUUUAUAUGAGACUGAUGAGUACUCAAAUCUCGUCAAGUCAUCUCUGCAACUUAUAUGGAUUCUUUGCCACCGUCGAAGGUAUAUCAAUUUCUUUUACGACCGCACCCUUACGUUUGUUGGUUCAAUUCAGAGAACAAAUAGAGACAAAGUUACUCUUUGUUUGUGGUUCAGAUUAAAGACAAUUAAAUAAAAAAUGCAUUUUUACAUUUCAAAUAAAUAACACACUAAACCCAGAUGACCAGAAAAAAAGGAAGAGAGAGGUAACGAAAGGUUUGGUUUUCAUUCUGGGGGUAUUGGUGUCUUUGACCACUAACAAACUAUCCUAGUAGAACAAACUGCCUUAAAGUGUUAAUAAAACUAGUAAACUGCCUUAGGGUGUAAAUGACUCUUACAAGUAACGUCAUUAAUUCGGUUUAGUAAAAACUAAAUUUAAAAUUUUAGAAAAGAAAAAUCAUCAGCUGCUGAAAAUAUUUGGGGUUUUAGGCUUAUUUAAAUGGGCUUACUUAUAUGAAGAUACGGGCCUAUCUAAGCCCUGGAACACAAAACUGAAAAUCAUUGGCGACACAACAAAAAAAGUAGGACGUGCGUACUUCGAACUAUCGAAGUAACAACAGAUCAAACAUAAUUCUGAUAAAAUACAAUCAAAGACUCUUAUAAAAAACCACAGUAUCGUACUCUCUCAACUCAAGUCAACCCAAUCAAGAUACAAACUCAUGUUUGUGUUUCAAUCUUAUCAUCAGGAAACAAAAUUAAUAAUCUUUUCACCAAGAAACAAAAAAAAAAAAAGGAUACUUCAAUAAUGAAACUCAUCAAACUUGUUGGUUAAUCCAAAAAGAGGACCAAACCACUUAUCGAUCAUUCUGUGAAUGCUUAUCUUCAAGAAAAGGAAACAUCCAUGAUCAUGAUCGUGAACUUCGUUGUUAUUAUCAAAAGGCAAUUCCUGCCAGUAGAUACGCUUGGACGUCUCUGGAUCAAAGAGAGGCUCUCUAACCUUGACGUAACGCCGUUGUAACGACUUAGGCAUAUGCUCAAAUGGAGGCGUUUGGGUCCCUGCUGGAUAACAAAAGGGAAGCAGAUCCUUUAACGACACGAGCUCCUCCGUUUCCCUCUUGUUCGCCGGCCUCGGCGCGGACGGCAAUAUUUGACAAGAACCCAGUGAUAGUUUUUUUCUGUUUCUACUGAUGUUUUGGAGUAACAACUAAAAAUAAACAACAUAAAAGGGUUUAUAUGUUAUGGUGAUACAAUUAUAGAAUUAAUGUUGGAUUAGAACUUAAAUACUAGUCCUGCUGUGAAGUGUGAAUUAGAUGGAGAAAAGAGCAUAACUAAGCGUGUGUUGUUGGGAUUUCUCUUGAGAAUGUCAGGUGAAAUUUCCAAAGGUAAAAUAUUAUGAUCAACUCCAGGAUUGAAGAUGAUUUACGCUUUAGAAAGGGUCUUUUCUUUUUAAUUAGUCAUUAUGUCCAAUUGUCCAAACCGUUUGGCAUUAGGAUUCGUUUUAAGAAUUUUUUUUUUAUUUGCUAGCCAAUAUGCUCGGUUUGAAAAACUCAGAUGUUUAUUUUUAUAUUAAAGAGACACUUUUUCUUACAAAAGGGAGUCAGAAAUCAGCAUGUUCAAGCUGCUUAUAGACUUCACAAUGACUAAAAUGGAAAAUGGAUGUGAGUCACAAUUUUAGUUCCAGAAAGUGGUCAUGAAUCAUAUAAUACGUGUAAACGACUGUGUUCCAAUGUAUCGAAUAUAUCCUUUGCCGGAUACAUACGUGUAAAUAAAAUUAGUAACUUUCUCAUGAAUUCUGAUUUGACACAUUCUAUUUAAGCAAUAUAGAUUACAUCGUUAAUUAGUUGAGUUUUAUUCAAGAAUACAUGGUUAGAAGAAUAUGAAAGAUUAAUGACACGAAUACGAUUAUGACAUUACUAAAGAUUAGUGUCAAUAGCCGGCUUUUAUAAUAUAUGAUAAAUAUGGUUCAGUACGUUUUAUAGUCGUUGGCUAUUACAACGUUUAGCCAUUAAAAUGACACCCACAAGUUUCAGCAGCUAUAUAUAUAUAAAUCUACUAGAAAGUUUCAGUUGAAUUUCCUGUUAAAUAUUUGAUUCAUUCUAAAAAACUUAAAAUAUAUUUGAUUGUAUCUUGAGAUGAAAACUAAUGGAGUUACAUCUUUGCUAGUAUAAAGCAUCAUUGAGUUCACUUUUCAAUAUUAUUCAUUUUUCAAAAUUUAUGUUUUUAUUUUUUGUAACAAUUUAUUAACUUAAAUAUUCAAUUAUAACCUUGUAUUCUGAAAAAAAUACAUAAAUUCAAACUUUGUAGAAAAAACAUAGUUGGAUGAUAAGUUAGAAAGCAAAUUACAAAACUAUGACUUGAAAAAGCAAAUAGGGUUUAAGCACCAAUCAGUCGAAAAUAAACACAAUAGGGUUUAAGCGUCAAAACGACGCCGCUUCAGCUAGCAUUUGGACUUGCAAAGCAAAUCUGACCUUGUGAAUUUCUGAUAGUCUCCUUUACCAAAGCCGCUCACCAAUUCUCUCCGAUUGAUGGCGCUAAUACGAUCAAAACUCCGUCUUCCUCAAACCCUCUCCUUCAUCUCUCCUCAUCUACCCAAACCCUUCACCACCUCCGCAACUUCUCAACACCAUGACCACGAAAACGACGAAUCCGCCGCCACCGUCACAACCCCUGUUUCACCGUCCUUAACUCCCGAAGACACCCAAACCGUAGAAAAGCUUCACUCAAUCAUCAAAGACCACUACCGCAAAAACCCCCCAUCAAACGACGCCGUCCUCAACCCCACCUUCACCCUCCCUUCCCUCUCCCUCUCCUUCUCCCAGAUCCCCUCCGCCGCAAUCUCCCCCUCCGUCAUCCAAUCCGUGAUCCAAAAAUGCGCCGCCGUCCGCCACGGCAUCCCCCUCCACCAGUCCCUAUCUUUCUUCAACUGGGCCACUUCACAAGACCAAUACCAUCAUCUCUCCCCUCACCCUUACAACGAAAUGAUCGAUCUCGCCGGAAAGGCCCGCCAUUUCGACCUAGCCUGGCGCCUAAUCGACCUCAUGAAAUCGAGAAACGUCCACAUCACGAUGGAGACCUUCACGGUUCUGAUCAGGCGCUACGUCAGAGCCGGUUUAGCCUCGGAGGCCGUCCACUGCUUUAACCGUAUGGAGGAUUACGGUUGUGCCCCCGAUAAGAUCGCCUUCUCUAUCGUCAUUAGUAUCCUCUCUAGGAAGCGUAGAGCGAGCGAAGCUCAGUCCUUUUUCGACUCCUUGAAAGAUAGGUUCGAACCCGAUGUGAUCGUUUACACUAACCUCGUCCGCGGCUGGUGUCGCGCCGGCGAGAUCUCGGAGGCUGAGAGGGUCUUCAAGGAGAUGAAAGGGGCCGGGAUUGAGCCUAAUGUGUAUACUUACAGUAUUGUGAUUGAUGCCUUGUGUAGAUGCGGGCAGAUAAGUCGUGCACACGAUGUGUUCGCUGAUAUGAUUGACUCGGGUUGUCCUCCAAACGCUAUUACUUUUAAUAACUUGAUGAGGGUUCAUGUUAAGGCUGGGAGGACGGAGAAGGUUCUGCAGGUUUAUAACCAGAUGAAGAAGCUGGGAUGCGAGCCGGAUACGAUCACUUACAACUUCUUGAUCGAGGCUCAUUGCAGAGACGAGAAUCUUGAAAACGCGGUCAAGGUGUUGAACAGUAUGAUCAAGAGGAAGUGCGAGGUGAAUGCUUCGACUUUCAACACGAUUUUUAGGUGCAUUGAGAAGAAGAGGGAUGUUAAUGGAGCGCAUAGGAUGUAUUCGAAGAUGAUGGAGGCGAAGUGCGAGGCGAAUACUGUGACGUAUAAUAUACUGAUGAGGAUGUUUGCUGGGUCGAAAUCGACGGAUAUGGUGUUGAAGAUGAAGAAGGAGAUGGAUGAGAAGGAAGUUGAGCCGAAUGUGAAUACUUAUAGGCUUUUGGUUACGAUGUUUUGUGGGAUGGGGCAUUGGAAUAAUGCGUAUAAGCUGUUUAGGGAGAUGGUUGAAGAGAAGUGUUUGGUGCCGAGUUUGUCUUUGUAUGAGAUGGUUCUUGCUCAGUUGAGGAGAGCUGGGCAGUUGAAGAAGCAUGAAGAGUUGGUGGAGAAGAUGGUUCAGAAGGGACUUGUUGCUCGGCCAUUGUAGUAGGGAGGAACUUUACAAGCGUUGAAUCAGAACUUUUUUGUUCUUUUUUAUUUUAAGCAAUUUUAUUUUCAAACAGAUGUGUUAUUACUUCAUUUUGUGCACAGCAUUGGUUAACGAGCUUCAAGAAGUAAUUGUGUACUCAUUUCUUUAUCCAGAUAUAUCAGAGGAUAUGUUCUCUU